AUGACAACUAUGAACCGCCAGCGUGCCAAUAUUGUCUUCUCCCAUCUCUUUGAGGACGAUCGAAUCCUCACACCAGCCGAGACUUCCGAGGAAGAACGAAUCUUCGAGAGAGACGGCGUGCUCCGAUGGAAAGCUGAAUCUAGUGGUAUUCUGGGAACCUGUCAAAUUGGAACCUCCCUGGAGCAGCUACUACUACUCCUACCUGAACAGGCUGAUAGAGGCGCCCUAGAGACCAGCCAAACGAGUAGCACAACUAUGGAAGCCAGUACCAAUCUGACGGCUCUUCUCGAACUAUUCGGAGAAGAGGAGUACAUCCUCUACUUUGACCCCCUGUCCCGCAGAGGGGCCAUCGUACUAAAGGCCGGAGCUACUGCACAAGCACAGCUGAAAGCAUGGAGUCAUGCGCUUCUUGUUUCUCGACAUCUGGCAAGAAAAAAUGGCACAGCUACUUGCAUACACGAGAAACAAGGCGGUCAGGAUAAGCUGUACGCAAAGUUGGGGUUCCCAGAUACCGGGACUCUGGAUAUAAUAUGUUUCUUUUUCUCUCUCCCUUCUUUUAUUUAUUUUUUAUAUCAGCUGCUUCUUCCUGGGGUAUCUCAACUCGUCGAGGCAACGGCAGCCCUGCUGGCCGGUGACUCACUGGGAAUUAAUAACAAACAACAUGGCAAACGCCGAGUGGCCGGGUCCAUCUUCCAUCCCAUAAGGAGACAGCUGCAGGUAUCGGAAGAAGAAAAGGUCCUCUUCAUGCAUAGACGAGAUGAAGGACGGCGUCUCUUCCCUUCUCUGCUUCCAAUUCAACUGAUUUCUUUUUUGGCGAAGAAGAAACGAUACAGGCAGGCCAAGCAGGAAGAUUAUGAUGAUGAUGACAUGCAGUUCGUUUCCUGUAUGCAUCUCGUGGCAUCAGGAUGCAUGGUUUAUAUUGCUGCUACUCUUCUAGAGCAACAAAGACGGAGGCAGAAGCGAAGGGUCUGGCUGUGUGCCUUGCAGCCGCGCAUAGCCACAUGGUUUUUAUAUAUAAACAUAUUUGUCUCUUAA